AAUGUGCACGAAAUUCUUUGGAAUACUGCAAAAUUGACGAUGGCAUCACAAUCAUCCUCGUCGAAAUUUGGUGGGGUCUCCAGAAUGAAUGUGUGCGUACCACCACGAGCAAUAAAGAUAUUGCCCAUAGAAAUUAUGAAUCGUCUUUCCUCUUGUGACACUCCCAAAAUCAGGAAAAUCCGUCAUCAUAUAGGUCGUUUUUGGCCUUUAAUGUGCAAUGGUACCAAAUACAUUGGAACGAACCAAUUUCUCUUGUUGCAAAGAUUUGGCAUUGCAUUUCAAUAA